AGCAAUUGCUCACGGUGGUGUGACUGUGAUCUGGUCUUGCUAGUCAAAUUGUAAAAACCACAUCAAGUCAGUCAACUGGCCGGCCAGCAUGCGACUCCACUCCAGACCGAGCAGCUAGGUAGCAGAGCAAGUGCGACGAUGGGCGCUGGGAGGAAGACGAGGCCGUACGCCGUGGGCGUGGCGAUCCAGGCCAUCUACGCCGCGACCAUCGUGAUAUCCAAGGCGUCCUUCGACCAGGGGCUCAGCAUCUUCGUCUACAUCCUCUACCGCCAGGCCGCCGCGUGUCUGCUCCUGCUGCCCGUGGCCAUCCUCCUCGAAAGGCGAAACGCGCCGCCGAUGACUUUCCGGCUGCUGCUCAAGAUGUUCUUCUACUCCCUGGUCAACACACUGGGGUCAUGCCUGUACAACACCAGCCUCAAGUACACCUCCGCGACAGCAGCGGCGGCGAUAUGCAGCUCCAUCCCCGUCAUCACCUUCUUCAUGGCCUUACUGCUGAGGAUGGAGGCGGUGAAACUCAAGAGCUCGCCGGGGAUGGCCAAGGCGGCCGGGAUCACGCUCUGCCUCGUCGGAGUCCUGGUCAUCGCACUGUACGCGGGGCCGUUGUUGAGCCCCCUGAACCACCACCGUGUCCUCGCCGAUCACGGCAGCAAGCAUGUUGCGGGAGCACAUGGUGCCGUCUCCAAGGGCCUGUGGGUUACGGGGACAUUUCUAAUGCUCCUCGCCUGCGUAUCCUGGUCUCUCUGGUUCAUCUUCCAGGGGCUGUUGCUCAAGGAGUACCCGAACAAGCUGCUUGUAGUCCUGAUACAGUGCCUCUUUGGCACAAUCCAGUCGUUCGUCGUCGCAGUGGCCAUGGAGAGGAGCCAUGGAUUCUCCAGAUGGAAGCUUGGCCUCGAUCUCUCCUUGGUCGCGGUUGCAUACUCCGGCAUCGUGGGGACAGGCGUUUGCCUUUACCUACAGACAUGGUGCGUGGGCAUGAAAGGGCCCGUCUUCCUCGCCAUGUGGAACCCAUUGAGCCUGCUCCUCACCCUGCUCUGCUCCUCCCUCCUAGGCGAAACCAUCCAUCUUGGAAGCGUUCUAGGUGGGAUCCUGUUGGUCGGCGGGCUUUACAGCAUGCUGUGGGGGAAAAGAAAGGAAGAAACUCAAUUGGCGAUGCCAACAGAUCAUCAUGAGGAGCAGAGUAGCAAGGAGAAGCAACUUUAUGCCAAAGAGUGUGAGACUAAGGAGCCGGCAUCAUCAGAUCAGCAAGUGUGAAGAGAAUGAACUAACCAAGAAAUCUGUAUCAUGCUCAAUCGCCUCGGUGGCUAUAUCAGGCACCGCGUAUUAGGGAAAAGACUGCAGUUUUCCAUCAAGGAACGCCUUCCAUGAGACUUUGUCCC